AGUUUCCGUAAAACAGUUUUAGCCAAGAUGUCAACGCCUUUGGAAAAGCCGCAGAUCAUCGCGCACAUUCAGAAGAGCCUGAACUACACAGUGUUCGACUGUAAGUGGAUCCCCUGCAGCGCCAAAUUUGUUUGCAUGGGAAACUUCGCCAGAGGAACCGGAGUGCUGCAGGUGUACGAGGUUCAGCGUGGAGACGUGCAGCUCGUCAAAGAGAUCGAAAAGCCCAAGCCAAUCAAAUGUGGAACAUUCGGAGCAACAUCUCUCCAGCAGAGGCAUCUGGCCACUGGUGAUUUUGACGGCAACCUUCACGUGUGGAAUCUUGAAGCAUCAGAGGUUCCAGUGUACUCUGUGAAAGGCCACAAGGAAAUAAUAAACUGCAUAGACGGAGUCGGUGGGUUAGGCAUCGGAGACGGCGCACCAGAAAUCGUUACAGGAAGCCGAGAUGGUACAGUUAAAGUGUGGGAUCCAAGGCAAAAAGACACAUCUGUGGCAAACAUGGAGCCGACGGAAGGAGAGACCAAGAGAGAUUGUUGGACCGUUGCAUUUGGUCAUGCCUUUAACGAUCAGGACCGCUGUGUAUGCGCUGGGUAUGACAAUGGGGAUAUUAAGCUGUUCGAUCUUCGAAACAUGUCUCUGCGAUGGGAGACGAAUAUUAAAAAUGGCGUAUGCAGUGUUGAAUUUGACAGAAAAGAUAUUAACAUGAAUAAACUAGUGGCUACAUCUUUAGAGGGCAAAUUUCACGUCUUUGACAUGAGGACGCAGCAUCCGACCAAAGGCUUUGCAUCUGUUUGUGAAAAGGCCCACAAAUCUACAAUAUGGCAAGUUAGGCAUUUACCCCAGAACCGAGAUGUCUUCAUGACAACAGGUGGAGCCGGGAACCUGCACUUAUGGAAAUAUGAGUAUCCAGAGAAGAGGAGUGAGAAGGAUGGAGAAGGAGUGGCCAGAGGAGUGGCUGGGACACUCAAUCUCUUGCAGAACGUCACUCUGUCCACACAACCCAUCGCCAGCCUGGACUGGAGUCCUGACAAACAGGGCCUGUGUGUGUGCGCUUCCUUUGACCAGUCUGUGCGAGUCCUAAUCGUCACCAAGUUGAACAGAGUAUGAGUUCACGUCACAUGACGCCGGGCCGUUAUAGCAACAGUGAAAAAAAAAAAAAAAAAGCAACAGUGUUUUCUUUACAAAACCAAAUGUGAACCUGGUUAUAUGCAUAAAGUCUUAACUUUAAAUCUUCUCCUGAAUGACAUUUGCCUUUAAAUAUGAAAUGUUUUACAAACUAAA